AAUGUCGUGCAUGGCUGGGAGAUGUCAAAUACCGACAGAACUGUUGCCGUAAAAUCUUUCUCAGGAAGCAAAGUCAAUGAUAUGCAAGACUAUUUGAAACCAUUGCUUCGUCGCAACCCACAUCAGAUAAUUUUCCACGUUGGUACAAACGACAUUAAGUCAGAGAAAUCUCCCGACCAGUUGGUAGAAGGUAUUGUGAAAUUAGUUAGUCAAGUGCGAGAAAAAUCUGCACAUAUCUAA